CAAAGAUGGCUCUGACCCAGGUCUCCAUGGAAUUUGUAUACAUAGAAUAUGAAAAACAAGAAAAUAUCCACUAGUUCAGCUGUAUGACAAAGUUAUAGGCUGAACGUUUUCAUUUCGAAACAUCUGGUCCAUGACAUUUGAAACUUUAUCACAGCCUCUGAGUCACUUAUGGUGAUGUAUUUUCCCAUAAACGGACGGUUAGAGUCGCUUUAAGUUUGUGCUGUCACAGGGAAAGUUCAAAUCUCAACGAACAUAGCUUCAGAACAUGGCUGAAGUUGCGAUCGAUACAGAAAGCUCUAGAGACCCCAGUUCGCGACGAGGACGUCGUAAAAAGAGAAUGUCAAGAGAAAUUGACGAUUACACAAACGAAAGUAUAGAAUCACCGAGCUCUUUACCAGAGAGAAUUCCUCUUCAAGAUGUUGCAGACGGCGACAAAGGUGGAGUGACUCGUAGCGCGUCGAAUAAUUCUGGUGAUCAAGAGGGAAGCUCAGGGAUUCCGCAAUCAACUUCGGAAAGAAAAAACCGCGCUAGAAGACAGAGAAGAAGGUCCAGGAUGGAAAAUGGUAACAAAAUAAAGUAUUGAUUUUAUAAUUCCUCUUAUUCACAAGCUCUAAGCCUGCCGUAGCUGCGAGAUUACAGGUUAUAGACUAGUUUAGAUAGUAAAGCCCACUCAGACUUUCCUGAUCCUCGUAGUAUUUGGCUUUGUCAGUCAUUCAGUUGAUAGCAGUACCCAGCCCUUCUGUGGGAGACAUAAGUUCAAGACCAGUAGAAGUCUCAUUUGAUUUUGCUAGCUCCACAAUCUGGAGUUGUUGUUUUAACCUUAUCAUCUAUUGGUUAAACAUGAUUUAUUUGAUUUUUCCAUUAAAUUGUGCCCUAAGUUUUGUUUUAGAGAAAAAAAAGUUUGGGUUAAUAUACCUUUUACCUGUCCUUCAUAAAAAUCUUGAUACCUUAAUUCCUAGAAUAUUCCCCAAGAGCACUUGUUUGAAAAUUUCUGCAAAAAGGAAGGCACUUAGUUUAGGGGGCUCUUAUUAUUUUCCUGUAUGGAUUCCUCUGAAGUUUAAGCGUAAAAAGUUAUAAAUAAAGCAGCAGUAGAAACAGGUUUUCUUUGUAUUGAUUUCCUACUAUUUAAGAAAGUGAUGUUGGAAUAGAGGACUUAUUCAAGAGGGCACUUGAUUGACAUCAUCAACUUUGAAACUCUUUAUGGUGGCAAAUUUACCUCAUCAAGUCUGUUGAUAAUACUAAAUUACCCUGUUAUACUAUCCCACCAAUGCAGGUUUUUUAGAAACUUACCCCUGUUAUUUAUAUGUUUGACAUUAUGGCUUAGGAAAUGGAUGCUUUUUGGGGAGAGAGUGCCUUUUAGAGUAUGGGUACUUAUUCAAGGAAAUGUGGUACUUUCGCUCUCAGGAGUGACCUAAAGUAUGAAAACAUUUUCAGGUAGAAAGGUGAAGAGAAGAAAAAUAUUGUGAUUGAAUUAAAUAAACCGGUUAAAUUCCUGUGGAAACUGGCUGCCUAUUUUGAUAUAUUAAGUAAUCAAAACAAUUGUUACAGAAUGGUUCUAACAUCAAAAAGAAUUUACAUCAGAAUUCAAAAGCACCUGGGCAAUUUUACUAACACAGUUGCUUGUCUUUUGGAUUAUUCAACAAUAUUUACUUGUCUUAGGUGGAUAAUUGUUCAAUUAAUUUACUUUUAUUCAGGAGAUGUUUAUGAUGGAAUGGAGUCUAAAACACUAGAUAUACCAGAAAAGAAAAGAUAUAAACGCCCUGCAUCUGGUGUAACUCGUCAUGCCAGAUCAGCCAGUGCUGAGGUCAUCAAUAGGGACGAGGAGGAUAUGAUGGGAGAUACUGAAAAUAUUACUCCUGCAAGGAGAAGGCCAAGAAGGAAAAGAACACAUGGUGAAUUUAUUUUUUGUUUUUUUUUUUAAGUUUUUAAGCAAAAUGUAUGGUACUCUUUCUCUUUCAAACUGAUAUGUUUGGCUAGCCAUAUCAAGCUCAAGGCAUAGAACUUUCUCUAUUUUUCCUUUAUGGACCACAAGGUUACUUGUCCAAAAAAUCUGACAACAACUGCAGGGUAAAAAGCUGGACUUGUAGGGAAAUUAAUAGCCACAUUUUGCGUUUCAAAAUCAAACACUUGUAAGGUACACACUAACCUAAAAUGAUACUUAUUUUUCUUUUUGUAAGCAGUUAUUAUUUGUAUGGGUUGUGAAGUUAGUAGUUAUGGACAAAAUAAAUUAUCGUUUGUCCAAAGUUAGGUUAAAAGAUGUCCCAGAUGUUUAGAAUUCUUAAGUUUUCUACGGAGAAAGGAACACCUUUUAGGAGAAUGGGUAUUUGAAAACAUAAUGCAUGGUGUAAUUAAGACUUAAUUUUCAACACCUGGAAAAGUGUGAAAAAUAAAAAGAAACCCACAAAAAUAUGGAAAGGGGUCUCAAGUUUUUUUUAGGGCUUUUAAAAGUUUGCCAAAGCAUGGCCAAAGAAUUGUUUUUGCCAUAAUCAGAUAACUUUCAGUUUUGGGGCAGAUCUUUGACAACCAUCCUCCUGUAUGAAAUGUUGUCAUUUGACUCAGAAGCUUGAGCAUGGAAAAUCUAAAUACUGGUUUUAGAAAAUUUUGUAAUUUAUUGUAGACAAAAAGUGUACAAAAACGUUUAUGUAACAACUAAAGAGUUUUGUUUCAGGUUCCCGAGAUGUGAUCAAUGGUGAAGAAUAUACUUAUGACUACGAUGGAUAUGAUGGCCCAGGAGACUCAAAGAGGACAAGACCAAAGAAAAAUAAAACAAAGAAGUCUCAAAGGUGCAUAAUGAGUUUUCUUUUCUUGAGUUGGCACUCCACUGGUAUGAGUAUGUUACUUACCAGUGGCAUUUAACAAAAUUGUGGUCUAUUUUAUAUUUUAUCAAGAGGAGUGGAGAUGAAAUUUCCAGUGCAGUGACUGGGAAAAGGAGGCACUCUGUAUGCUGUGAGUAAGAAUUGCUAUUCCAGGCAAGCUGUGCUGGAAUUCCCCAAACAAGAACCUAAAAAAAUUGAUGUGCUUAUUGCUUAAAAGAAAGGACCAAGAUUAUCUAGGAAUUUAGUUGUAUUUGUAGUAUGAUUACUGACUCAAUGUGAAAGUGAUGUUUGUUAAUAAAAAAGAAGUUCAGCAAUUUGAAGUGAAAGAUUUUGUUUUGAUAUGCAAAGUAAUGAUUUGUCAAAAGGCUUGUACCUGCAUAUAUGCUGCACCCCUAACUUUGAUCCCAUAUUUGCAAAAAAGAAAAGCUGUGGUCUGUUUGCAAAUAAAUGCAGUAUAUUUUCUCAGUAUAUUUUUCUCAAAUGAGAUUAAUAACAAAUUUUUCAUUUUAUUAAUUCUCAGACAGCAAACUGGAACAUCAGCAGAGGAAGACAACUAUAAUGCCGAUAAUGAUGAAGAAGGUUAAAGGAUUGAUUUUUUUUUGUAUGUUGACAUGUUUCCUUGAGUGUAAAUAAUUUAAAACCUUUUUAAAUUGGUGUAAGUUCCAAAUUAAGGUAAGGUAAAAUUUCAGCAUUAAUUAAAAGCCAUGUGCCUUGAUAUUUUAAAAGGAUUUUUUAUAAAAAAAUUGUUUUAAAGGUGGAAUCAUUCAGGUGUGUGAAUACCUAUCCUGUUAACCCUUUCACUUCCAGUGGUGAUUAACAUAUAACUUCUUCCCACAAUAUCUGUAUAUUAUCCUGCAAACAGGUAAUAAGAAUACUCAAACUAAUCAGUUUGAAGUUGUUAUCUUGAUCUAAAAAAAAUUUUUCACAACUAAUUUGCAAGGGAAUGGGUAGCAUUAACCACCAGAUCUUGGGAGUUAAAGUUUUAAAGUUUUGUCUUACAAGCUUUCAAAGAGUGAUUAUGUAUUUGUUUAUAUCUAAUUUGAGUUUAUUUGUGUCCUAUUUUCAUUUAUUUGUGUAUUCUUACUGUUCAUUACAGCUUCAAUAGUUGACUAUUAUAAAGUGGACAAAGAAGACAUUGUUGUGAGCAACACCUCAGAAACAUCACCCCCUGCCCUACCCCCUGUGGCUCAGACCUUGCCUAGUCAACCACUAGAUGUUGUUUUUAUUGAACGAAGAGGUAAGAAUUGUUGAUUCACUGAAAUAAAAGUUAACAAAAAAAAAAAAAAGAACUGUACCAAGUAACGCAUGAUAUGAAUGGUAAAGAUACAAUCUUGUUUACAAAAUAAAAUCCUUUAUCCGGUAGAAGUCGCAUACAAUUUUCUCACAAUCUGAAGACUCAAAAUGAUUGUGUCUUAUUUGUGCCCUUGCAGUGAUCUCUUUUUUAAAAUAUAUGAUUAUGUAACCAUAUUAAUAUCUCUUAAUCAACUUACAGCUUGUUUUAAACAAAUUCUCCUUGUCAGCUCUUAAGGAAAUGUAUAGAGAACAGUGUGGAGAAUAUGCAUACUGAUGUUAGGGUGUGAAGGAUUACCAGAUUUUUCUUACUUUAAAUAAGGAAAAAGAAAAGAUAACAAGUCUGUUCAUGUUUCAUUCUAGAUGGCCAGGGAUUUACACGGGAGAGAAAAACAAGGUUAAUGCAAAUGGAGGAGGAAAGAAAUAAAGAACCUGAAAAGAUUCCCUCCUCCAUGCAGAUGACAACUGCUGAAUUUGCUGUGGUAGGCUUAGUCCCUGAUUAAGUUGUUAGAUUGUUCUCACCAUUAUAUAGGUCAUGAUAAAAACCCUUAGAAACCCCAACCCUGUAAAAUUUGUCUUCUUGCACAAUUCCAGUUACAUUGAAGCAUGAAAUGUAAAAUUUUGCAGCUGGUAACUUUUCAUUUGCAAAAGAAUGUUGUACACUUUAAGGGUUAGGGUAGACUUUUUAUUUAUUUAUUUUUUCAUUGGAAAGCUAAGACUAUGCAACAGUGGAAGCCAAUUUAAUGUAUCUUUCCAAGAAGAAUACAUGUUUUUGUCUGGCUUAUAUAUGUCCCAGAAUCACAUCUUAGAGAGUCUUUUCAAAUUUCAAAAUUUUCCAGGAAGGACCCCCCCCUCCUGAAGGGCAUAUUUCAAAGCAACUCACUAUGCCUGUUACACAAGCAUAACUCAAUUCAGCUGCCUUCUCAGUUUAGAUUAUACAUCUAUCUAAUGACAGCCCUGAAUUUUUUUAAAAAGUUUCAGAAUUACUUACAGAAUUUCAUGGUUGUUGACAUGACUAAUUCAAUGACAUCUUUCUUUUUUCUUUAUCUUUUUCAGUCAGUGCAUAAAGCCUUUAGAUCUUUUUCUGUUUUCUGCCAUGGACUUCUUGCAGGUUGUCACAGACUGAAAUGGCUUUUAAAUAAUAUGCUAGCACAAGUUUUAUGAUAGGCAUCUCAUUUCUUCAGUAUCACACCUGAAUCACACAUUAGGUGUGCAUUAGGUUGCAAGAGUAAGGAAAUGAUUGUCCAAUAAAGAAGCCCUGGGUUGAACAAAUUCCCCUUGUCAGCACCUUAAGGAAUAUAUCAAGAAUAUUAUGGAGAAUAUACAUACUGAUGUUAGGGUUUAAAGGGUUAACUAGUGGUAACUUGCAUGUUCCUACCCCUUAGGCAGUUUGUUUGUUUUUUUUUUACCUUAAGUUCUAGUGAACUCUUUGUGCUGUUCUGUGCUUUGACUAACUGAUGUAUUUGCCUCGGUUUUGACAUUACAACUCUCCAUCAAAAAGUUCUCCAAAGGGUUAACCAGUUUUGUGUUCCACUCUGUUUCAGGUCUAGCACUUUGCCAGGUCAUCUUUGUUUACUCGCUUAGUAAUAACAGCCAAGGUGAUGUGGUCUUCCUGGAAAACUACUAUAAGUUGGCGCAACCUUUACAGUCACUGUACUACAUGCUGUUUGCAAUCUGUACAGUGUCUGUCUUUGACAGGUUCGCAUUAUUUUUAAUUUUGACGUCCAUCUGUGCUAUGAUUAACAAAUAUAUUCCAUGUUGCCAUAUUGUCUUCUGGGAUCUUAUACUGAACAGAUGCAUGACAACCUGGAAUCUCUGUUUUAUAUGAUAAAAAAGCAAAAUGUUGUUAAAGGUCAUGUCAUCUCUGCAGCUGUCCUCCAGUAGAUCAUUAGUAAGAGCCAUGUAAAAUUCAGGUUAUCAUAUAAUUUCAUUGAGAUAAGGGUUCUUUAAGGACUUACUUUAUAGUGUUUUGUGUAAUUUUGUGUGAAGUGCUAACCACCAGCUCCUUGAUUGUGAUCACAAAAUAUUAAUUUGGUAAGGAAGAAAAACAAAAGAGAAGCACAAUUGAACCUUGAAAGAACAAGGAUGGUCAGGAAUAGAGAAGACUAUUACAAUGGAUAUUAUAUUUUAAGUCAAAUUAUACAGGCAUUUUUAUUGGUUCUCGCUAAUGAUCUAUUGGAGGACAGACACAUACAUGAUGUCACAAUUAACCACAUUUUAGUUUUUUAUCAUAUAAAACAGAUUCAAUUUUGCCGUGGGUCUGCACAGUAAUAAAUCACAGUGACAUACUCUGUGACACAUCAGUGACACUCAGCUGGGUCUCCUGUGCCACUUUUCUGUUCUUACCACCUUUUGACGUCAUCUGUUAUCUAUUUGUGCAGGUAGUAGCAUGAUUUCGAGUGCAAUUUCGUGUUAAUAAGCACGAAUAAAUUUUUUAAAAACAACAAUAUUUUACGAGCCCGUAGGGCGAGUGCAAUUUGGAGUCUUUGAAAAUUUAUAAGUGCUUAUUUGCAGCAAAUUGUUAUGGAAAUCAUGUUGUUAAUAAUUUACAUGAAAAACUCAUUACAGAAACUCAAGAAGGACGAAGUUUUGGUAGCGCGCACACCAUUUGUAAUUUGCACUCGUGUUAAAACUUUGCACUCGCGUUAAAUUAAAAAUUCACACAUUUUCAGCUAAUCAGACGUGCGUAAUUUUUUCAUUUAUGGUAUACUGUUUAUAUGAUAAGCCCAGUCGGACAUGUUUUUUGAUUGGUUCUUAUGAUCUGUUGGAGAAAAGACACGAAGAUGAUGUCACAAUUAAAAACAUUUUACCUUUCUUAUCAUAUAAAAAAGAUUCUAUGUAACGUGUACUUUUGUUAUGUAUGUCACAGGUACGAUAUGGCAAAUCCACGGUCUGGCUUUUUCCGGGACUUGCUGUCGAGACCAUCUAGAAUUCUUUCAAUAAGUGGUGCGUAAAAAAAAAAAUACAGUUUAUCAGUAUUAACCGCCACGAGCUAAACAGGCUUCUCUUGUCAACUUACAAUACAAUUAGGUUCACGUGAGAUGUGGUGACUUCAUUGUGGUCGGAUCUUCUGUUUUUCUCGUGAAUCUGCCUUAUAGCUGUUGGAUCUCCACCUCGCCCACUGUUUUCCUUCCCCUGCCCCAAUCAAUGUUGGCAGGUAGCUACAGGAAGGGCUCCUGUCUAGGUUUAGGGUAUUUGCCAGCUACGGGAGUGGUCUUUCAUGUGACGGUAGGCUGGACACAGUGGAAGCCUCUUGAUACCCCAGGCACAGUCCAUUUAACACUUUGACCCCAAGGAGUGACUAGCAUCUAGUUUCUCCUUAUAGGAUCACCCCUGAAUCAUACAUUAAGGUCACGAGAAUGAAUGAAAUGAUUACCAACUGAAGAAGCUCCUUAUUAUUAAAAAAAUUCUCCAUGUUCGUACGGUAGGAAAUGUUAAUACUGAUGAAAGGGCCUAAAGGAUUGACGAAGCGGCUGGUUAAUCUUCAAAAGAUCACUUUCCUUUCAUCUCUUUUAGCACCUGCGGUUAAGGGAAAUAUUCUUAAUCCCGUUUAAUCAUAAACCUUGAAAUGUUUUAACAAUUUUGCUUUUUUUUUCGUCUGUGACAGCAUACCUCUUUGCUAUGGUCUUUUCAAUAAGUGUGGCCAACAUAGACGACAGAAUCAGUUUGUACAAGGUACACAGCGACUUAUGGUGAGUUUAUGUCUUUUCGAGAAAGCAUAAGUUUAAGGGUUUUGCGCUCGUUAUCAGAAUUACAUUAUUGCUCACAGUGGAAUUUUGUUAGUGCCUUUGUUGAAGAACGAGAGUCCGGAAAAUCCAAGCCCGAUAUAAGGGCUCUAGAUUACUGAAUUGUUUUCCCUCUUCUUUGCAAAAUCAAACAAGGUAUUGAGGCGUCUUCUUUUCGACUGUGUUGGGUUGAGAGGUAAAAUUAAGAGAAGAAUAUACACAGUUAUCUGUGGUUCGAGGUAUCAAAAAACCAAUCAUGACUUGGUCGCCUGCGUUUUCCAGCGCUUUGUGCAGUUGAGUUGUUUUUAUUUUGAGUUCUCAUUGGCUCUUACGGUAUUUUCCUUUUUUCUGAUUGGCCUAGAUGAUUGCUGUGGUUUUGGUUUUACAACACUCAAUCAAACAGCGCUCUCUGCAAGGCUCAAGUGAAAUAAAUUCCCCAAUAUUUGGCUCUUGAUGUAUUUUCUGUGUUUGUUUCCAUUCGACUGUUUACCUUGUUUGUUUGUUUGUUUAUUGCAGGGGACACGCGGAGACUUCUUCGUUGUUGGAUACUUGGAGGAUUAUCAACCUCAUGCGCGUGUUAGGGGCCGUGUUGGGCUGGGUACUAGUAUCAGCUCAGCCGUCAGACGAAUGUACGGCAGGUAAGUAGACGGUUUAUUUUCAUCUGAAAUAUCUUGGCUUUUGAAACGGAAUGUGAUACGAAUACGGAGUUUAAGACAUAGUAAAGUACCUGGUCUUAGAAUUCGUUGCUUUUAUUUAGAGGUGAUUUAACAAUUUUAGCCUCUUUCAAUGUUAAUUUAAAGUUUAACUCAUGAUAAAGAAAUUAACCCCUCAACUCCCAUGAGUGACCGAGACAGAAUUUCUCCUUACAAUAUCAAUAUAAAAUCAACCAGAUGAGUGAUGAGAAUAAAGAAUAAUAUCAAUUUGGGGAUAAUUAGUUGAAUCAAUACUAAAUUCUCUGAAUGAACACCAUAAGAAUUGUUUGGUUGACAGUAAGGAGAAUGACUAAUUUGAUCUGAAGUAUACCGUUAUGGUAAUCCAAAACGGAAUGAUGGUUACACCCAAGUUCUACCUGUUCGUUUGACUUCGAUGAUUUCUUCUAACAGAGAACUUGUACGAGGGAGAACUGCUGCCCGGAGAACAGAGGCUCGUGCAACAACGAGCAGCCAAAAGUGAACCUCAGCUUGUGGUGUAAUCAUGUGAAAACACGGUUGGAGACUGGGUCGAGCUACACCCAAACUUGAGUCGUUUCACACUCAAGACGUGUUUAAAAGACACGUGACAAGACGGGAAUUGUAAACAAGGAAUGUUACGUAUGAGUGCAACACAAGAGGUCGCUUGUAGUUUCAUCUGUUUUUUGGACGACAACGAUUCCCUGAAUUUUCUUACAAUUUAAGCCACAAGCAUAUUGCUAAAUGCUGUAAAUAACGUCUCCAGUUAACCUUUAAUUAUUGCACCGAAGGCGACCAUGAUGUAUCUGUUCUUUAA